AUGGCCGGAGCAGAAGCUGACAGCCCACCCCGAUCCACCACAGCCGUCCCCCCUCCCCUCCCCCCUUCGGUCGAGGAGGCCUACCGUCGGAAGUGCGUCCAGCUCAAGAACCGCACCAACGAAGUCGAGGAGUCCAAUGAUGCCGCCCGUCUUCGCCUGUCGCGCAUCAAACGCCAGGUCGAGAAGCUGAGGGUCGAAAGGGCCUUUCUCCUAGAGCAGCUCGCCAAGCGCACCAGCACCAAUGUCGAAGACUCUGAAGGAAGCCCCAGUCCUCCUCCUACGCCUCCCGCCAAAAUCAACAACUCCUUCUCCGGUGAAGCCGAAGCUAAUACCUCCCGAAAGCCCAAGGAGAAGCCCUUGCGCACCAAGCGUGGUCACCGCAAGGCGGAUGAUCACAACAAGGACGGGGCCGAGGGAGCUGGCGCCGACGCCGCCAACGAACCAUCCGAGGCCGACAUCGCCAAGGGGGCGUUCGACCUGUUCGCCAAGGCUCGCCGCGCCGAUGCUGCAGAAGCCGCCGCCAACGCCGAAGACGACGACAAGACGCAGCCAGACGCCGACGCCGACGCCGACGCCGAGGAUAAGCUCGAGCGCGCCUGGAAGGAGCUCGCCGACGCCGACAAGGAAAAGUACAUGUCCGACUUCAAGUCUUCGCUGCCCCCUCCACCUCCCCCCAAGAAGGAGGCCGAUGAGGGCGAGGCCGAUGGCGACAAGAACAGCGACGAGAAGAAGCCUUCCUCCGCCACCCCCACCAGGGACGGCAAGGACAAGUCCACCCCUCGAGAGGAUGACGAUGACAAGGCCGACAAGGAGAAUGGCGACGAGGCCAAGGACGCCGAGAAAGGCAAGCCUGAUGGCGAGACCAAGGACAAGGACGACGAUGCCGCCGCCGCCAAGCCUGAGCCUCAGGAUGAGGAUGUUGAGAUGACCAGCAACGAGCCCGACCGUCCGACCGAGUCCAAAGACGCCGAGUGA